AGAGACUGUAGCGCGGAGAGAUAGAGGACAAAAACGUGACGAGGCAGCCUAAGAGCUGUUACGCAACCGCUGACCUACUAACACAUAUUUCUAGAAAGGGAGCCGGAGAAACUGGAGCAAAGUGUCCAGCAGCACACAACACACAGGCAGCCCGAGCCAGGAGACGGAAACAGCAUCCACCCGACCCACUGACUCAACCACUACUGACCCGAGCACCGACAGGAGAGGCUGGAGAAAAACUUUUCGUCAUUUUUCCGGAGAUUUCUUCUAAAGGAGGAAACGGGAGCGAGACAGCUUUUGUGUCGGGGAAGCCUGAAUCUUUUUUUUCUCUCCUCCUCAUCCAGCACAUAAAGUUAGUGGUCAGCAAACAGCAGCACUGAAGCCGGAUCCUCAGGGAGCCCCGAAGUAGACGGACUGACCUACAUCCCCCUGUAAGCGAGUGAGAGCAGCAGGGCAGCAGCCUGACACGCAUCACAGCUCCGCUCAAGAUCGAGGGAAGAUCCUGAUAAACUCAAAAUCACCUCCAACAAGACUCCAGAGACCGCUCUGAUCUGUUUGCCAAGACAGCUGGAAGACACUCAGCUCAAAAUAAAAACUCUUUUUCUUCACGUUUUCAGAACACUAGUUCAAUGUCUGAGGUUUUCGUGGAGUUUCACCUCUUUUUAAUAUUCUUGGCUUAUAUGGACACUUGAACAUUUUGAUCUUGAAGAGUAAAUAACAAAUGAGGCGAUCCCCUCAAGGAGCACAAUUACCUCAUCAACAAGUUUUUGCAGAUCCUGCGACUUAGGUCAAACUCCUUCAUAACACAGCAGAAGGAUCUGAUUUACACUUUUUUGCCCUUUCCCCUUUGCCCUUUGCCACUCUGGCCCCCAGCGGAGAAAAAAUGGAAAGUCUGAGUCUACAUCUCCCGUCCACGGGCAACAAAAACGCAAUGGAGGUCGAUAACUUCUCCUCCUACAGUGGGGAGUGCCUCCCAUCCCCGACUCCUGAAGGCGGAGCGCGGGUCAGCCGCCAAUCUAAAGGCUCCAAGUCUAACAUGAGCUGCCGUCGCAAGCGAGAGUUUAUUUCUGAUGAGAAGAAAGACGCUUCCUACUGGGAAAAGCGGAGGAAGAAUAAUGAAGCUGCCAAGCGGUCGAGGGAAAAGCGCCGGCUCAAUGACAUGGUGCUUGAGAACCGGGUCAUGGCGCUGAAUGAGGAGAACGUUCGUAUCAAGACGGAGCUCCUUCAGCUCAAGUUGCGCUUUGGCCUCAUCAGCACCGCCUCCUACAUGGAGAAAAGUCAGCAGAUCUCCAACAGUGCUGCUGCCGCUGCUGCUGCUGCAGCUGCUAGUAGUGCUGCAAGCGGCAACGGCACCCCAAGUAACGCCUACCUCUCAAGCAGCGGCUACUCCAGUGCGUCCCAGGUGAUGCUGAAUUCAGACUCAUCUGAAACUGAACAUUCGGGCCGUGGCGAGCGCCACAGCACGCUCCACCAGUACUCUCCCCGGGGCUCAGUCUCCGACAUGUCUGAUGGUUCCUCCAGGGACAGCCCAGAACCCAUGGGCUACAGCAUAAAGACGGAGCCGUCAAGUAUGGAGAUGGCCAGACUGGAAAGCAACGGGAUGCCCAAUGGUAUGCCAAGUGGGGCUUACAACGGCAGCCACACCUCUCUGGUUUCUCCUCACCAGCAGAACGCCCCAAUGGCUGAAAGCACCAUGGACUACCAGCACCACCGACAGCAGCAGUGCCACAUGGAGGCGUCCAGUUCUGCUCCUCAGGCCACAUCUGCACAGAGGAGCGUCAUCUUGUACCGAUCCAGCAGCGGUUGUUACCCCAUGGAGACCCAGAGGCCGGAGGACCAGCAGUCCCAGCAGUCCCAGCAGAGCAGAGCGCUGCAGCACGGCCAGCACCCCUCCAAGUUCUCAGACUGCAACUUAACCAUCACAGAGGUGGCUGAGAAACUAGAGAGGACAAAGACCAUGGACUCGCCUCAGUAUGAAUACACUAACGGUCACGCUGAGUCAACAGACGAGCUGGAGCAAAGGUACAAUCUCAACAGCCAACAUCAGCGCGAGAGCCACCACGAGCACAACAGCUACCAGGGUCAGGAGAGCAGUCAUCAGCAUGCAGAAAGCCACCAGAAUCCCUUUGCUCCAGACCUGAUCCGCAACACUGAGGAGGGCAAGUCCUUCCCACAGCACAACGGCUACCUCAACACACUGGACGAAGAGCCCCCGGUGCUCACCUACGAGGGAGGCCCCCGGGCCGGAGGUUUCUACCAGGAGAACUCCUCGGCUAAAGACACGUCAUCCAGCGACGGGGACCCUCGUAGCUCUGACAAGGAGGGCUCUACGGACGACGAGUCCCCCUCCUCGUCCUCCUCAGACAUCAGCAGCUACCAUCAGAAGGAGGUGGAGGCUCCACAUGCGGAGGUCAGAACCACUGCCCUGCCCCACAAGCUCCGCCUCAAAUACAGAGCUCUGUCCAAUGGGGCGGCAGGAGCGCCGAUGGAGGGAAACCUCAACGCCUCCAUGUCCCCCUCCCCCACUCUGCCUCAGCACCCUUACCUAGCUCUCCCAAGCAACCUCCACAGCACCCAGGCCAGCAGGGAGAGCAAGGAGGUGGACAAUGACACUGAGUACACGGAAGAGGUCAAUCAAGUGAGUGAGAGGGCGGAGGCGAGAAAGGAGGGAGGGAAAAAGGGAUCCAGCAGCAGCAACAGCAGCAGAGGUGGGCGCAAUAAGAGGCGAGAAUAAGGACAAAUACAAAUCGCCUCUUUGUCGUCUUUGCAGACAAAUGAACUAUGACUCACCACCUUACGAGACAGAGAAGAAGGCGGGGAUCUGCGUGAGGUGCAGUUAGGAUGUGAUUUCACUAAGUUUCACUGUGUCACCUGUUCCUCUUCCCUUUCUACCUCCCAUCUAUCUCUUCGAUUAAAAUAAUACAUCACUGACUGAGGGGACAGAAUGAAACUCUCCAGAGCUGGAGUCUGGGAUAUUUCCCUUGGGGAAAAUUCAAACAUUAUUCAAUUAUUCAUUGUUGUAAACUGCCUUGGUGGCUGGCCAGCAAUUACUGUGGCAUUAUGGGAAACAUUCCUUUGACCAAAGAUUACACAUUGUCCCUUUAGUGUCUCCCGUUUUUCGGCAAAGAGUUCCAUUCUUCCUCCCUCUGAACACACAUUGGGUCCACCACCCUCUUACCAUCUGCUCACACAAGUACCCUUCACUUCUGAAGCACUUAGAUUGUAUAUUACUGUGACAUAUAAAAUUUGCAUAUAUUGAAUAUAUAUUUUAAGAAGAAAAAUGUGGCAAAAACAACAAAAAAAAUAAAACCAGUGGGAUGCAGAAGUCGUAGACUCAAAAGAGAUCUGUUUUGUUCCUGUUGAGACACCUUGUACAGUCGCUCUUUGUCUAUAAAAAAUGCCUCAAAAAUUUUCUUUUACUCAAAGUAUGAGCCACAACUUGUAAAGAAAAUGGAAGGUACACUUUUUUUUAAUUUUUUUUUUAGAUUAAUGGAUCAGAUCGGGGACCUCCUUCAGGGGAUCUGACGCUCAAAAGCUGUCAAAACAGCCAAGGCCAGUUAUCCGCAUAUCAGUCAAGGCUAUGCAGUCACACGUUGCUGUUUUGCAAAACCUGACAAGCACAAGGCAAGCCUCGCCUGCCAGCCGCUCAACGAAAAAAUCAAUACAUCUUCAUUUCCAGACAAAUAUUGUCUGUCUAAUAAACGAAAUGGCUCUCCGGUCGCAAACCAGCAAAGCUGCUCUCUCUUCAUAAGGUGCCUCUUUAUUGUGUUGUCCCUCGUCCCCACUUUGGCCAAUGUCUUAACGAUCCCUCUCACCUCCGCACUGACUUGUUUUAGCUACAGUAGCUGCAGUAGAUCAUUCAGUCUGUACAAGUUUAACUGUUUCACUUCCUGGUGCCUGCCUCUGGCCACUAUGUAUAAAUGUAAAGUUGUCUCUAUCUCUUGUAUACUGCUGUCAUUAUUUUAUUAUUAUUUUAUUAAUAUUUUCUAUUAUAUUCGGUUAUUAUUUUGGCUAUUAUUAUGUGUAUUUUUCUGUCAUCCUGUUGUGUCAUUUUGCUCUAUGCUCUUCCUGGUUGUGCUGUGUAUUUACCCAUGCUGCCCCCUUGCCCCAAGUUACCAUUUGUACUCUGUGUUACUGUAUAACCUUUGUUGUUAGCCGAAAGGCUUUCCGAAAAUGGAAAAAAAAAUUGAGUAAGGCUUGUCCAGAAGUGAUUAUGUAUUGCUAUACUUCAUGUGGAUAUGCAAAAUGGUUACAAAACACUUUUCUUUUUGAUUGUGAAAGGUUGAAAAUGGAGAAAAAAUAAAAGGUUGUUGAAUUUA